AAUAGCGGGAAAAUAAUUCACUUAAGGAAUCAGGAGGUAUCAGAGCGGGCGAGUCUCCCCCAGGACUGAGGCAAGCAAAUCUAUUUCCACUCCCUCAAUAUUUCUGCAUAACUCCAAUACUAGUACUAUUUCUAAUAUGUUUUGCCCCCCCUAGAAUCCGACACUUUUUGUUGCGUCACAGACCCGAGCCUUCGCGGACAUGCGGAGGAAACGCCCGCUGCUCGCUGAAUCACACGGGUUCGAGUCAGUGUCUCACUGACACUGUGUGGUCCCACGCUUUACACACCUAUAAGUUAUAAAUCCUUUAUUUUGUGCUCAUAGCGAGUGAUUAUCCAGGACUUUAGGUUUUUUUUUUUUGGACGAAACCACAACUUGCUGGUUGUGGAGUGUACCUGUGCCUGUACCUGUACCUGUAGCCGUACUCAAGCUCCGUACGGAGGAAGGUUUUUUUUUUUUUCAGUGGAGAGACAUACGUCAUCAGCGACUGAGUUUGGAGACUUCAGAGUUUUCCAGUCAUGGGAAGAAGAAAUGCAUCGACGGAUAAUGAAAACUUCAGUUUUGUCAGUAACGUUGUCAAAUAUUUGCUUUUCUUUUUUAACUUUAUAUUUUGGGUCAUUUCCAUGGUGAUGAUAUCCAUUGGUCUGUAUGCCAGGAUGGAGAAACAUGCUGAGGCAGUGACGGCCUACAUGUCUGUGGACCCGACCAUUCUGCUUUUGGUUGUUGGAGUGCUCAUAUUCUUCCUCACCUUCUGUGGCUGUGUUGGCUCCUUGCGUGAGAAUAUCUGCCUGCUGCGGACGUUCUCCAUCUGUCUGAUCAUCAUCUUUCUGCUGCAACUGGCCAUUGGGGUCCUGGGUUUCAUCUUUUCUGACAAGGCCCGCAUCAAGGUGACUGAGGUAAUCAACAAAGCAAUUGUUCACUACAGAGAUGACUUGGAUUUACAAAACCUCAUUGAUUUUGGCCAGAAACAGUUCAACUGCUGUGGGGCUGUGUCCUUCAAAGACUGGACCCAGAAUAUGUACUUCAACUGCACCCUGGAGAACCCCAGCCAGGAGCGCUGCUCUGUGCCAUUCUCCUGCUGCCUGCUACGUAAGGAUGAGGCUAUCAUAAAUAGGAAGUGUGGCCAAGGAAAGCAAGACCUAGACUACCUGGAAGCAGGAGACUUCAUUUACACCAAUGGCUGCAUUGACAAGCUUGUCAACUGGAUUCACAGCAAUCUGUUCCUGUUGGGUGGCAUUGUGCUGGGCCUGGCCAUCCCCCAGCUGGUGGGGAUCCUCCUCUCCCAGAUAUUGCUCAACCAGAUUAAGGAUCAGAUCGAACUGCAGAAGUACAACCUCCAUCGCUCCUAAGACCCCAUGCACUGAACGGAAGGCGCCACAGUCACCACCCAGCGCAUUUCACCGUGCGACCACUUGUGUAUGGGGACACUUGUGAACAGUGGAGGAGAGCGGAGUGACAGGUGUGAUGUGGGAAUAGUAUGCUACCAGAAGAGAACAUGGAGCCUUGAUAGUCAUUGCCUGAGGAAGAUGAUAUGUCCCAAAUAUUUCAAGUAUUGCAUUCCAGUUCAGAGAUAGCUGCAUAUCUGUACAGUACUCAGUGUUUUUAAAUACUGAUGCACAGCUAUGGAAGGUUACAUGCUCCCUACCUAUGUACAGUACAUAUGUGAUAUAGAUAUUUUUGUAUGUUAUGUAAAGUCCAUUUGCUUUUGUUAUGUGGGAUUGUGUAACAGUAUAGAAAAAAAGGAGGGAUGUCUUUAAAACAAGCGCAUUUCUCUUUUUUGCAUAUCUGUCUGCUUGAUUCAUAUCCAUAUCUGCAUUUUUAAAAUUUCUUUUAUUUAAAAUAAACAAACAACAUCAUUGAAGGAUCUCUUGUGAGGGAAAAUGAGUUAGAAAAAGACACAGGCAGGUUAGAAGCUGCUAUAGUUUUGGUUCCCCUCAAAGUUCACCAGAUCCCCAGCUGCAGUGUUCUGUGGGUGUCUGUUUCGGUAGCCUGGGCAGUCUGACAAGUCCUGA